AUGUCCGUCCUAUCAGCCUCACAAGUCCAACUGAACGAAAAGUUCGCCCCGUGCUACCAACGCCUGCCGGAGCGAUACGACCUCAAUGACCUCAUCCGCGAUAUCAAGGCGCACCUAGGCACAUCCGGCGGAAUCUCCUCGACCGACGUCGACUCGGAGUACCUGAUCUCCCUGGUGCGGAAGUACAAGACCAACCCGGCGGACUGGGGGCGGUAUUACUACAACGACGAGAGCAAGAACUAUACGCGCAACGCGAUCGAGAAUAUCAAUCACAAGGCGAAUAUUUUGCUGCUUGUAUGGAACCCCGGGAAAGGGUCGCCCAUCCACGACCACGCCAACGCCCAUUGCAUCAUGAAGGUUCUUGCUGGGCAGUUGCGCGAAACUGUGUACCGUGCUCCGGGCCAAUCGGGCUCUUCCGGACCGCUUGAGAUAAUGUCUGAGAAGGAGCACUCUAUGAAUGAAGUGACUUAUAUCUCGGAUGAUAUUGGGCUGCAUCGCGUGCACAAUCCGAGUAGUGACCAGGUCGCUGUUUCUCUUCAUCUAUAUACGCCACCCAACGCAGCCGACUAUGGAUAUCACAUCUUCGACGAGUCCACGGGAAAGUCGAGCUAUGUGCCCCAGGCACGUUCUGUUUCGUGUUCUGCCAACCAGGAAUAG